GCCUCUGGCUCCUCCUCGCCAAGGGUCUACGACUGCCUGCGAGAGAUGUUCAACCGCGCCGUGAGCCGGCUGAGCAGGAAACGGCCGCCUUCAGAAAUAAAUGACAAUGACAGCAAGCCAAGCAGCAGCCACCAAAGUUUAAAUGGCACCACGAGAUGGGCUACAUCACUAGAAAAUCUACUGGAAGAUCCAGAAGGCAUCAAGAGAUUUAGGGAGUUUUUAAAAAAAGAAUUUAGUGAAGAAAAUGUUUUGUUCUGGCUAGCAUGUGAAGAGUUUAAGAAGAUACAAGAUAAAAAACAGAUGCAAAAAAAGGCAAAUGAAAUUUACACGACUUUCCUGUCCAGUAAAGCUUCUUCUCAAGUCAAUGUUGAAGGGCAAUCCCGUUUGGAUGAAUCAAUACUGGAAGAACCCCAUUCUCUAAUGUUUCAAAAACUUCAAGACCAGAUCUUCAACCUCAUGAAGUAUGAUAGCUACAGCCGCUUCUUAAAGUCAGAUACGUUUCUUAAACUGAAGCAGACUGAAGAAGAGGAAGAGAAUACACCCGAUGCUCAAACUGCAGCAAAAAGAGCUUCUAGAGUUUACAACACAUGAUCCAAAUAAUAACAAAUAUAUAUUCUAGUGGGACUAUAAUGAAAAUCAAAUGAGUUCUCAGGAAUGGUCUUUGAGGUUAAUGUAAUUGCAUUUAAAGUUUGGAAAACAUAGAACCCUGUUAGGCAAUGCUUAACUUAUAAACUGCUUGAAUGACUGAAUUGUUUUUGCAUGAUGCCUACUACUGAAUCAUCUUGGCCGAGCACUUAUAAUAAAGCCCAGGAACAACUGAGAGACACGUAUUUUGAGUCAUCUGCAAAGAGAAGACUAGACUGGUUUUUGCCUUCUGAUUUGUAUAUCCUUUUGAACCAUUGGGGGAAAAUUGUAGCACAAGCAUUGUGAUAACUUUGAAAGCAGAGGCAGUCUGUGAAAAAAAGAAUAUGGCUGCUUGAAACCUUCAUGAACCUAGUCUCAGUACACAAAGGUAUAUCUUUUGUGCCUUAAUUUUGCAUUCUUAAUAACAAAACUGAAUUAAAAAGGAAAGGAGCUCAUUUUUUCUGACCGCAAUUUUGAGAAAUAUACAUUCUGCUCUUCAAGGAAAACAAAAUCAAUGGAAUAUUGACACUGAGUCACUGCUUU